UUAUAUGAGUCUAUGAGUCAUAAACAUUGACAUCAUGACAGAUAUCACUGGCUCAGUCAUAAAUGAAUAUUGCCAUUGGACACAAGCAAAAAAAAUAGAUAAGAUAAACAUAAAACUUAUCUUUUUUUAAAUUGAAAACAAUCAUUUACAUUCAUUGUGUAUUAUUUUUAACAAAAAAUACCAUAUUGAUUUUGAAUAUGUUGCCUCAAAAAUUUGAUUGUCCACCACCAGCAUAUUCUGACAUAUCACCAGGAAUACAAAUGUUGAUACCACUUGACAAACUCAUGAUAAAUCAUGAUAUUGAAAUGUUGUCACGAAUUCCAGCAGAUUUUAAACAUUGCAAUGUUAUUGUUGAUAUGCUUGAAGAACCUUUGUAUUAUUCACAACAAAUACCUCGAGGUUCAGGAAUGUGGACUAGUUUUAUUUUUGAUAAAUAUGGACAAGUUGCAUUUAAAAUAUCAAAAGUAUUUGAUGAAGUGACAGUGUCAUGUAAUGACAUUAAAAUUGGAUCAGUCAUUAAAAAAUUUUCUCUCUCUCCAAAUUUUGGUAUUUACAAUUCAAAUAAUAAAGAAGUACUAAAAUUAAAGGGCUCUUUUCUUGGAAUGAGUCUUGAGCACAAAUUGAAGCUUGAAACAUUAGAUGGACAAGAAAUUGGUGAAAUUAAAAAUACAUGUUCAAUUGAUCAACGUACAUGCUUGACAAAUAUUAAUUACACAGCAACAUUUCCUGAAAAUCUUGAUGUUCAUUGUAAAGCCAUCAUCUUGGCAACAAUGAUAAUAUGGGACUUUGAUCAUUCCAAAUAAUGAAAUUACAUUUUU